AUGCAAGGUGAUAUUCAAUUUUGGAUAAUCAAUGGUUUAACUAUUAUUCUUUUUAUUAUUCCAUUAUUUCUCAUUGUUUCAUAUAUAAUUGUUAUCUUACUUAUAUUAAUCAUUCCUUUAAUCAUUUUUUUCUUCUAUUCUUAUUUUUCUUUACCAAAAUGUCGAAAAUCUACUAAUCAAUUUAAAAAUCUAACAAUUGCACAUCGUGGUGGUCAACCAUUAAUACCAUCAAAUGAUAAUGAUUUUCCUGAAAAUACAAUGGCUGCUUAUCGAUGGGCAUCAAAUAUAAAUGGUGUUGAUGGUAUUGAAUUAGAUGUAUGGUUAAGUCGUGAUCAUAUACCAAUGGUUAAUCAUGAUGGUUAUUUAGAACAUACAUUUGUUAAUUGUAAACAAUUUAUAUCAUCAUUAACAUGUGAUGAAUUAAAACAAUUAAAAUAUUUUAAAAAAAAUAAACGUGAUAUAUAUGAUUAUAUUGGUUGUGAAAUAAUACCAACUUUAGAAGAAGUUAUUGUUUUUUUAGAAUCAACAAAACUUAAAUUAAUGAUUGAAAUUAAAGAAACACAUAAAAAAGAUGAAAUGGCAAAAAUAAUUAAUGAUCUUUUUGAACGACAUCCAUUUUUAUAUGAUCGUGCUUAUUGUGCUGCUUUUCAUCCAUAUAAUAUAUAUGCAAUUCGUCGUCUUAAUUCAUAUAUACCAACAGCUUUUCUAUUAGUAUCAAAUAUAACAACAACUAUUAUUCGUAAUGCUAAUCAAACUCCACGACCUUGUUCAAGAUUUUUUAUUCAAAAUGUUAUAUUACGAUGGAUGAUUGAUUCAUUUUUAAUGUGGUUAGGUACACCAAUUGGUUUGAAAUUUUUAGGAGCUGAUUUACUUUGUAUUGAACAUCGAUUAGUUUCACAAAAUUUAUUAGAUAAAUGUAAAAAAGCACAAAUUAUUGUAUGUGCAUGGUGUGUUAAUGAACCAGAACAACGACGAUGGUUAAAAGCUAAUGAAGUUACAGUUAUUACGGAUACACUUUUCGAUAUCGAAGGCAAAUGA